AUCCCGAGGAGCCGCCGUGAAAGAUGGGGGAUGCUGCAGACCCCCGGGAGAUGAGAAAGACUUUCAUUGUUCCAGCCAUCAAGCCCUUCGACCACUAUGAUUUCUCCAGGGCCAAAAUCGCCUGCAAUCUGGCCUGGCUGGUGGCCAAAGCCUUUGGAACAGAAAAUGUGCCAGAGGAACUUCGAGAACCGUUUUACACUGAUCAGUAUGAUCAGGAACACAUCAAACCUCCUGUUGUUAAUUUGCUUCUAUCAGCUGAACUAUACUGUCGUGCUGGGAGUCUCAUUCUCAAGAGUGAUGCUGCAAAACCCCUUUUGGGCCAUGAUGCUGUAAUCCAGGCUUUAGCACAGAAAGGUCUUUAUGUCACUGACCAAGAAAAACUGGUAACUGAACGAGAUCUCCACAAGAAACCCAUACAGAUGAGUGCUCACUUGGCCAUGAUAGAUACGCUAAUGAUGGCUUAUACCGUAGAAAUGGUCAGUAUAGAAAAAGUAAUUGCGUGUGCUCAACAGUAUUCAGCUUUUUUUCAAGCCACGGAUCUGCCGUAUGAUAUUGAGGAUGCUGUCAUGUACUGGAUUAAUAAGGUAAAUGAACAUUUGAAAGACAUUAUGGAACAAGAACAGAAAUUGAAAGAACAUCACACAGUUGAAGCUCCGGGAGGUCAAAAGUCUCCUUCCAAAUGGUUUUGGAAACUGGUUCCAGCUCGUUACAGAAAGGAGCAAACAUUGCUCAAGCAACUGCCUUGCAUUCCAUUGGUAGAAAAUUUGUUGAAAGAUGGUACGGACGGCUGUGCGUUAGCUGCUCUUAUUCACUUUUACUGUCCUGGUGUCGUGAGAAUAGAGGAUAUUUGUUUGAAAGAAACCAUGUCUUUGGCUGAUAGCCUGUAUAAUCUGCAGCUGAUUCAAGAAUUUUGCCAAGAAUAUUUGAACCAGUGUUGCCAUUUCACCCUGGAAGAUAUGCUGUAUGCUGCUUCAUCCAUAAAGAGUAAUUAUUUGGUGUUCAUGGCUGAGCUCUUCUGGUGGUUCGAAGUUGUGAAGCCCUCGUUUGUGCAGCCUCGUGUCGUUCGUCCACAAGGAGCUGAACCUGUGAACGAUAUGCCUUCAAUUCCAGUCUUGAAUGCGGCCAAAACAAACAUCUUGGAUAGUUCGUGUAGUUCUGACUUCACUUCAAGUGGGGAAGGAGCUGCCUUUAUGCACUCUCAUCAUUUGCCUUCUAGACAUUCACGCCCCCAAGCUCAUUCUUCAGCUUCAGGAGGAAUUAGGAGGUCUUCAUCUAUGUCCUAUGUUGAUGGUUUCAUAGGGACAUGGCCCAAAGAGAAAAGAUCAUCGGUGCAUGGAGUUUCAUUUGAUAUUUCUUUUGAUAAAGAACAUACUGUACAUAAAUCCACUCCAAACCGAGGAAUCACUCGCUCUAUUAGUAAUGAAGGACUUACAUUGAACAAUAAUCGUGUAUCUAAAAAUAUUAGGAAAAAUUUGUCCUUUAAGCCAGUAAAUGGAGAAGAGGAAGCAGAAAGCAUUGAAGAAGAGCUUAAUAUAGACUCUCACAGUGGCCUCAAGUCGUACACACCCCUUAAUACAAAUGAACUGAAUUCCAACGAGAAUAUUCAUUAUAAGCUUCCAAAUGGAGCUUUACAAAAUAGAGUACUUCUAGAUGAGUUUGGCAAUCAGAUUGAGACACCAAGCAUUGAAGAAGCAUUACAAAUAAUUCAUGAUACUGAAAAAUCUCCCCAUACAUCUCAGCCAGACCACAUUGCUAAUGGCUUCUUUCUUCAUAACCAGGAAAUGAGUAUCCUAAAUUCAAACAUCAAGCUAAAUCAGUCUAGUCCUGAUAACAUAACUGAUACAAAAGGUGCCUUGAGUCCCAUAACUGACAAUACUGAAGUAGACACUGGAAUUCAUGUUCCUUCAGAAGACAUCCCCGAAACUAUGGAUGAAGAUUCUUCUUUGAGAGAUUAUACUGUAAGCUUAGACUCUGACAUGGAUGAUGCUUCCAAAUUUCUUCAGGAUUAUGAUAUUCGAACCAGCAACCCCAGAGACGCUUUGAGUCCUUGUCCAAGUACUGUAAGUACCAAGUCCCAGCCAGGUAGCAGUGCUUCUUCUAGUUCCGGAGUUAAAAUGACCAGCUUUGCCGAACAGAAAUUCAGGAAACUGAAUCAUACUGAUGGGAAAAGUAGUGGGAGCAGUUCUCAGAAAACUACACCAGAAGGUUCUGAACUUAAUAUUCCACACGUGGUUGCUUGGGGACAAAUUCCAGAAGAAGCAGGCCUUCCACAAGGCCGGGACACCACCCAGCUGUUGGCCUCUGAAAUGGUGCAUUUAAGGAUGAAAUUGGAAGAAAAGAGGCGUGCGAUAGAAGCCCAGAAGAAGAAGAUGGAGGCGGCUUUCACUAAGCAGAGGCAGAAGAUGGGAAGGACGGCAUUUCUUACGGUGGUGAAAAAGAGAGGGGACGGCAUUUCCCCUCUUCGGGAGGAAGCAGCCGGGGCAGAAGAUGAGAAAGUGUACACCGAUCGAGCCAAAGAAAAGGAUUCCCAGAAGGCGAACGGACAGAGGAGUAAGUCUCUGGCAGAUCUGAAGGAAAGCCUGGAGAACCCUCAGGCCAAAUGGCUGAAGUCUCCAACCACACCUGUUGACCCAGAGAAGCAAUGGAACCUGGCAAGCCCCUCGGAGGACACUUUAAACGAGGGAGAGAUCUUAGAAUAUACCAAGUCCAUUGAGAAGUUAAAUUCAUCUCUCCAUUUUCUACAACAAGAAAUGCAGCGCUUGUCACUUCAGCAGGAGAUGUUGAUGCAGAUGAGGGAGCAGCAGUCCUGGGUGAUUUCACCUCCUCAGCCCUCUCCACAAAAACAGAUCCGAGACUUUAAACCUUCCCGGCAGGCAGGCCUGUCGUCAGCCAUUGCGCCCUUCUCGUCAGACAGCCCCCGCCCUACCCAUCCUUCCCCACAGUCUUCCAACAGGAAGAGCACAUCUUUUUCUGUUAAAAAUCAGAGGACUCCUAGGCCAAAUGAAUUAAAAAUAACGCCUUUGAAUCGAACCCUGACUCCCCCUCGGUCUGUGGAUAGUCUUCCUCGGUUACGGAGGUUUUCACCAAGUCAAGUUCCUAUUCAGACUCGGUCAUUUGUAUGUUUUGGGGAUGACGGAGAGCCUCAGUUAAAGGAAUCCAAACCUAAGGAAGAAAUUAAAAAGGAGGAACUGGAAUCCAAAGGGCCCGCAGGGCAGCAUGUGCAUAACCUGGAAGAAAAGGAGCUUAAGCCUCUUGAGUCAACGGUUUCUGAAGUCCUGUCCCAGCCCAUCACGGAGACCGUCCGACUUACGCCAAAUGAGGACCAGCUGAACCAGCCUGCAGAGCCUCCUCCUAAACCUGUCUUCCCUCCGGCUGCUCCUAAAAAUGUUAAUCUGAUUGAAGUUUCCCUCUCAGAUUUGAAACCUCCUGAAAAGGCUGAUGUAGCUGUUGAAAAAUACGAUGGAGAAAGUGAUAAAGAACAGUUUGAUGAUGACCAGAAAGUAUGCUGUGGAUUCUUCUUUAAGGAUGAUCAAAAAGCAGAGAAUGAUAUGGCAAUGAAACGAGCAGCUUUGCUGGAGAAACGACUGCGGAGGGAGAAGGAGACUCAGCUUCGGAAACAGCAGCUGGAAGCAGAGAUGGAACAUAAGAAAGAGGAAACGAGGCGUAAAACUGAGGAAGAGCGUCAGAAGAAGGAAGAUGAGAGAGCGCGCAGAGAAUUUAUCAGACAGGAGUAUAUGAGGCGAAAACAGCUGAAACUAAUGGAAGACAUGGAUACAGUAAUUAAACCCCGUCCUCAAAUAGCAAAACAAAAAAAACAGCGCCCAAAAUCUAUUCACAGAGAUCAUAUCGAGUCUCCCAAAACACCAAUAAAAGGUCCUCCAGGAUCACGAAUUUAUCGUGUUUUUUCAGUCUCUAGCCUUUCUUUGGCAUCACUGAACACAGGUGAUAACGAGAGUGUGCAUUCAGGCAAGAGGACACCAAGAUCCGAGUCUGUAGAAGGCUUCUUGUCUCCAAGUCGUUGCGGCAGUCGAAAUGGGGAGAAGGACUGGGAAAAUGCAUCAACAACUUCUUCAGUGGCUUCUGGAACAGAAUACACAGGACCAAAGCUCUACAAAGAACCCAGUGCAAAAUCCAAUAAGCACAUAAUACAGAAUGCUUUAGCUCAUUGCUGUUUGGCUGGAAAAGUAAAUGAAGGUCAGAAGAAAAAGAUACUGGAGGAAAUGGAGAAGUCAGAUGCCAACAACUUUUUAAUCUUGUUCCGGGAUUCAGGCUGCCAAUUCAGGUCUUUGUAUACUUACUGUCCAGAAACUGAAGAAAUUAAUAAACUGACUGGGAUAGGCCCUAAAUCUAUCACUAAAAAAAUGAUUGAGGGACUUUACAAGUAUAAUUCUGACAGGAAACAGUUUAGCCACAUACUUGCUAAAACUUUAUCCGCCAGUGUUGAUGCGAUUACCAUUCAUAGUCAUUUAUGGCAGACCAAGAGACCAGUAACACCCAAAAAACUUCUGCCCACUAAAGCAUAGGAGUUGGGAAAUACUUGCUUCAGAACAUUCGUGGUAAAUUUGCACUUCAUCUUUCCUGCCUAUAGAAAAUCUUUCUAAUUGCCAACCAAGACUUUUAUUAAUUGCACCUGAACAUUAAGCUCUGUUGUCACGAACAACUGGAACGUGAGCCACAGCAUUCUGGACUGCGGAAGAGUCGCACGUAGGUGGUAAGUCCAAGUGAUGAAGGGACGUUCGGAUUCACAAAUGGAGAUUUGUGUCAUCGGGUUCGCCUGCUUGAUGUGAGACACACUGAAGCACUGAAUUCUCAUGGACACUAGUUGGACUAUGAUUGAAAUAAGGCUAAGAUGACAAAUUAUGUGUUUUAUUCCUUUUUUUUUUCUUUUUAAUGUACAUGUUUGUCUUCAGAUGGUUUAUUUUGCUGUUUUUCUCUCCUGGGGGUUUAAUCUGAGAUACCUUUGUAUUUCGUUUCAUGGGGAGACCGCAAGCGUAGGAAAUGCGCCUUCAGAGGUAACUCGCACCUUUCUUAUGAUGCUAAGAGAAACACUAGUGUUUAGUUUUACAAUAACCCUCAUGUUUUAAUGGUGUUAGAGCAUUUGCAAGAAUUAUUCUAAGUAUUUACAAUUCUGUAUUUAUUAUUCACUCAAGUAUUAACAUUUCUCUAUUACAUAAGAGGAGGUAUUGUAAAGAGCUGCUAGUAGGUUCGCUUUAAACCACAUGAGCUUAACCAAGAAUAUGUUAUAAGAAGUUGCUGAUUAAAUCAGUGCUGUUUUUACACCACUUCUGGCCAACUCAGAAUAAUUUAGAUUGUUCUUUUAACAAAAAAGGCUUUCUAUCUCUUUUAAAGUAAGUCACUUUAUAAGCUGGCAGAAGUGAAGGACACUUUGAGAGUAGUCUUUCAAUCUGAAGAUGUAAGACUUCCUGCCACAAGUUCUCAAGAGGUCUUUACAUUAUAUUUAUAACUGAUAUAAAAAUUAUAUUUAGAAUUUUUAAACAUGUACAAAGGGCUACAUUUUAAUUUUAAAAUAGCUUCACAUUAUUUUACUUAUAUUGAGUUUCUUUUUUUAUUCUUUUCAAGUGGAACAGCUUAGGUUAAAGUACACACUUGAAAUCUUCUCUACAUGAUCUUUGUUCCUUUAACAAUGUAUAUCAGAGGGUUAGUUGGGGAAAAACUUCAUUCUCAGGAAAAGACUUGAAUGAUUAUGUGACCCUGUUAUGUUUCAGUGUUGUGACAACUGUGUAAACGUAGAGGGGAGAGACAGUAUUGUAUCAUAAAUGAGAUGUGGGGUUGGUAUUCUUUUGUGGGAAGUGGAGACUAAAAUAUAUACAUUUCUCUAAUUGAGUUGUUUAGAGAAAUAACUAAUAUCUCAUAUGAUGUAUUUACUUAUUUUAAAAGAGAAUAGGAAUGAGAUGUCCCUGAACUGUACUUUUCUAUUAUUAUAAGGCCUUUAGGCAUCAGUGCAUCUGGGUUAUCAACAUUUUCUCAAAUGCUGUCAAUAUUUUACUGUAAUUUAUGUUCUUAUAUUUAUGUAUAUUUGUUAAAACUGUAAAAAAAAUUUCACAGAUUUUUUUCCAAUAACUGUGCAAGAUAUAUGUGUAGCUCAAAACUAUUUGUGAUCUACUGUUUGCAUGUAAGAGACCAGGAUAUGUAACUCUUAUAUUUUAAGUGUAUACAUACUGUGUAUAUAAUAUAUGAAUAUUAAGAAUGGGGACUUGCACAUUUUACCUUUCAGACAACAGUUUCUAUCACAGAAGGAAAUGACUGUCAGAUACAUGUUUAGAUUAAGCCUAGUUU